AUGUCUGACCCAGUAGCAAUUCCAGCCUCAGCGGCAUAUCGGAUCACAUCCUACACCUAUAACCCCACAGACCGUGCCAAUCCGCCAGAGACCCCAGACGUCACGCAAGCCACACAUCGCAUCAACAUGGUCAACGGAUGGGCCGCGAUUCCCAAGGGCGGCCGAGUCCUUGAAAUCGGAUGUGGUCAAGGACUAUGCACAACUGUGCUAGCUGAAGCCGUUGGGCCAUCCGGGACUGUCGACGCCAUCGACCCUGGAUCCCUCGACUAUGGCGCGCCUGUCACCUUGGGCCAGGCGUAUGAAUGGAUUACCGACAGUGAGGUCGGCAGCCGGAUAAACUGGCAUCAGGCCACACCAGAGCAAUACCUCAGCCAGACAGCGGGCGAAGGCCUGUCCUGGGACGUGGCAGUAUUGGCCCACUGCAUCUGGUAUUUCAAGUCACCCGAGGAGCUUGGAAAGAUCUUUCGAGGUUUAUCUGGGCGCGUGAAGAAGAUCUGCAUCGCCGAGUAUGCUCUGACAGCUACUGCACCGGCAGCUGUGCCGCAUGUUCUUGCCGUCCUAGCUCGAGCUGCAUUUGAGAGCCAGAGACCGGAGAGUGACGAGAAUGUCCAAAAUAUUCUCACUCCAGACGCCAUCAAGUCUGUUGGGAAGGCUUCUGACUGGAAGGUUGAGCACGAAGGUCUCCUCGUUCCCCAGCCUGGGCUGCAAGACGGGUUCUGGGAAGCGGGCACCGUGCACAGUGAUAGUUUUCUUGAAGACGUUGAAGCUCAUGUUAGGGAUCCAAGGCUAAAUGCCUACCUAAAGUCUUCGAGAGAUGCUGUCAUAGCAGCAACGUCUCUGCAGGGGGGGCUGAAAGCAGUCUUGACAAUGGAUGUUUGGUUAGGGACCUUUUCUAGCUAA